CGCAUCUCGCGAGAAAACGUGAGAGUUGAAAAAAAAACAAAUAUGGCGCCGAAUUGUCCUGAAGAAGUCGAUGUUUUCACAAUUCCUCAUUCUCGAAUGAAGGAAUUGGUCAAAAAAUAUCUUAACAUGGUAUCAGAGAUCAAUUUUGCAGACAUUUCACAUUUGACAAAUCUGUUGGAAAACCUGGUGAAUACAUUUAAGGAAUUUAAAGCACAUGAACAAAUUGAGAACAAAUACAUCAUGAAGAAACUUAAAGACAAACUGAGAGCAUUGUCAGUUAGGAAUACUGCUGUUUGCAACUGUCAUUCAGACAACCAAUUAACAGACAUUUUAGAACUGGUGCAGGAUGGGUACAAAUGUACACAAAAGACAGAAACAGAUCGUAAAAACUUUGGUACAAAGCUGAGGAAGGCAUUGGAAGACUUUACAGAGACAUUUAUUCCUCAUAUGGAAGAAGAAGAAGCGGUGUUUCAGCCAAUGUUAAUCAAGUAUUUUACUACUGAUGAACUACGCAGAAUUAAAUUCAAAGUUUUGGAAAAACACUUUUGUCAGAAGGAUGAUUGUGGAAAAGAGAAACUUCCAGAGAAAACAGAUUUUGUACUAAGCGAUUCAUCAGAUGAAGAAUGCACAGAAAAACUUGAACCCACUAAGGAGGAUGUUGUGCCUAGCGUCAACAGUUGUGUAGUAGAUAAAGUACCUGAUGAGGUGGCAAUACAGAUAUUUUCUUACCUUAAUCCACAGGACUUAGGCAGGUGUGCUCAAGUCUCACAUCGCUGGAAUAGACUUGCAUUAGACACUAGUUUAUGGAGAAACUUUUUACCUAUACAGUGGUCCAAAGGAGUUUGGAGUUUUACUCCCAUAGUAGAUAUUGAAGUAGAAGAAAAAAGUUUGUUAGAGAAUAAAUACGAAUCUGUAGCCAUAUAUUAUGAUGAAGAUGCAGACAUUGAUGAAUCUGAAGAAGAUGAUGAUACUAAGAGGAUAAAAAAGAUAAAGAUGGAAACCAGCAUGUUGACAAGUUUGACGAAGUAUCUGUUACCUAAAGUAGGAUAUGGUGUAAAAACAAUCAAUCUGGCUUUUAGUCAAGGCCUUGUUAAUGGUUUGUUGUAUAAGAUGCUGUCAUUAUGCCCAUUAGUAGAGAACCUAGAUUUAACUCAUACUAUGGUGUCAGAUCUUGGAUUUAAAAGCCUUGGUCGAAAUGGGUGUGGAAGUAAUCUAAAAAGAAUAGAUUUAGCUGGCUGUAAGAAUAUUACUGAUGUGACUUUAGAAAGAUUGUCCCAAGCAUUACGUUCGAAACCUGAAAUCAGACAUGAAGACUGUGAUGAUAACAAUCAUGAAGAAAAAAAUGAAAUUGAACUGAAUGAAAAGGGAGAUAAAUCUUCAAAAGAUUCAGACUGUCAUGUGACUUGUAGACAGAAUAUCAAUGAACAAAUAGUCGAUGAAGACUGCAAUAUAUCUUUCAUGAAUGACAUUGAAGAUCAUUCUCCAAGGACUUCUGAAAGUUUGGGAAACCAGAAAGGCAGAUCUGUUGACCUAACAGUGGCAGCAACCCCAAAAUUAAAGGUUGGCUAUAUAACAAAGGAAUCUCCUAGAUUGACUUUAAACACUGGGAAUAUUUCCUUGGUUAGACAAAGAACUAGUUUAUGUUGUCCUAAGAAUUGUUGUUUGGAAUCUGCAUCAGUAAAACAUUUUGAUCAGCUUUCUAAAAAUGUGAACUUCAAACAUCUGAACAACACAGAUGAAUGGACUAAAAUCUGUGCUGUAAAACAUGGACAUGAAUCUGAAAUCAUCUGUGAUAAAUUAGAAUGUGGACUUGAAUAUCUCAGUUUAUCUGGCUGUUCUCAUAUUACAGAUAAAGGGAUAAGGGCAUUAGUGAUAGACCAGCAGACAUUUCCAGCAUUGCAAUUCCUUGACCUAUCUGGUUGUGAUAAAGUGACUUCUCUAGCUCUGACUGACCUGGUCAGUGUGUGUACCUCACUUGACCAUCAGUUCUUAUAUUAUUGUGACAAUGUAACAGCAGAUCCAUAUUCUGAUUCUGCCAGUGGAUGUCAGAACUUAGAAUGUCCGACGAGAGCUUGUUGUCGUACAGGAUGCUAGAUUUUCCUGUUGGAGCAGUAUACAGUUUACCAGUAGACAGACCUGACCAAAGAUAACAUUACAUGUAUAACAUGUUGAAGAAAGACAAUAUCACUGUGUUUUGAUUUUAUUCCUUUCUUGAGCUUCAAUAGAUCAUUGUACUAUAUAUUAGCCAGAGUAUUUGUGGUAUUUGGAUUUGCUUAUAUUGGGUGCUAAUUGGUAUGCUAACUAGAAACAGAUUUUUUAAACAAAUUGUUCCAUAAAAAUUAGUAGGGAGCAUUUUGAAGGCAUACUUGGUGUAUGUGUGGAACAUAACAGAUUGGGUUACAAUUCACUGUGAAAUCUUUCCAUGGAAGAAUAACACUUGCAACAUGACACCCUAAACAGGGACUGUCUGCAAUGUUUAGAAAAAUGUAUUUUAAGUUCAAUUAUGUCUCUUCGAAAACAAGAAACAAUGUCAGAAUUUUACUUUGUCAAAACAGAAAAAAUCAAAAAACUAACAAUCUGUAAGAAACAAAGGAAAAGUUUCAGCGACAAAUUGUUCCUACAUAAAGACAAUCUGAGACAUUGAAAGUGAUGCUGUAUUAUAACAUUUUAUGGACAUUUUUUACUGAGUCGCUUAAAGACUGUCUUACAGAUUAUCUUAUUGUUAAAAAGACUUAAAGUCUAUUAGAGACUGCAAGGUCAGCUCAUUUAAAGUGUAAACUAUAUAUAUUAUUUAAUUAAGAUUUAAUAUGAUAUAAUCAGUUUGGAAUUAUAAUAGCAAAACUGUGUACUCCAGUGCAAAGAUUUUAUAUACAAGAUAUAAGAUGUUUUAUUGAGCCAAUUAUGGCACCCAAUGCUGAUCAUAGUUCAUAACAAAACAAAAUAUAUACAUUAAACAAAAUUUAAAUUUUUGAUUAACAAUUAUUAGUUAGAAUGAAAUGACAAAAUAAAACAUAAAUCGUGAUGUAGUAGUAAGAAGUUACAUUCUCAUUUUCCCAUUUAAAAAUCUAGACUGUGUAGGCUGUUAAUGACAAGAAGAUAGCAUCCUUCCUUGAAUAAAGCAUUUUGUCCUUAGAGAAUGCUAGGUUAAGUUUGGUCUUUUUUCAUUUCUUGAUAUUCAUUGAAAAAACGUACUAUCGACUCAACAAUAUUAAAUGCUUUUUGUUAUUUGCAUAGGCAGCUAAAACAAAGAUUUGAUGAUAAUAAAGUUAACUAAGACAAUAUUUAAGCAUUAUGUUGCUAAUUGUUUCCUAGAUAUAAAAUUAACAGUAUUGUGUUUGUUUUGGUUUCUCAACAAUCACUUCCUGUAAGUUUCCAGAGUCAAUAAAAGUACCCGACCUAGUUUUUAUGUAGUGGUCUAAUUGAAAAAUGACUACCAUUUCCUCUAUUUAUUACAAUUGUUUUCGUGUAGAGACCAAGUGGUGUGAUUGAUUUUUUUUUCUUACAGAAUUUCUUUGACCUUUAGAUGUAGUUAAUGUAAGGAAGACAUAAAUUAUGGAUAUAAGUAAUUAGUUUAAUGGCGUAAUCUGUUUUAUGCAACCCUAUUAAAGUGUUGUUCCAUGCUAGAUAUGAACAGUCAUGGUCAUUUGGGGUAUAACUAAAUAAAGAUUUUGUGCAAUUAGAAAAAGAAUUUUUCAACAAGCAUAUUUAUUGAUUUUUUUCAACAUUAAGCUUUCUAUAAAGUAAAGUAUUAUGUGAUCUACUAUGUGUUAGUCUUGUCUGGCAUACAGACCUGAAGAAUAUGACAUGAUUUACCCAGCAUGCAUUGUAUGCUAGUUGAAGCUGUCCUAUGGGAUCAUAGAAAUUUUGAACAUAAAUAGACUUUCUUGUUUAAGUCGUUAGUAUUAUUUAAAAAAAAAAAAUCACAUUUUGUUAUGAGGGCUUUAACAGCUAACUAUACACGUAACAGUAUGGAUUUUGUUCAUUAUCAAAGGAAGAAAUUGGCCUAUCCACAUCAUGUGGACUCAAAAAGACAGUUGUCUCAUUUGCAAUCAAUCACACCACAUAUCAUAUCUCUUGUGGGUAUUUGUCUUACGACAGUAGUACCACAUCUCCUUAUUAACAAUACAAGUCAGCUGCUCUAAUUGAUCAGGCAAGACAUUUUGCUUGAAAUGCAAUGUAUUAAGACUCCUCACAAAUCUGUAUCCAUUCUUUAAUAUUUUUUUUGUUUUACUGAAAAUGUUUAAAUAAUAUAAAGCUUUCAAACUGUAGAAGGUUGCAUUGUAAAUAAUUCAUAUCAUUAGGUUAAAGAAUCCUAUAUGCAAAUUACGCAUACUUGUGUUGCUUCUUGAUAUAUUGUUACUAAUGUACACAGCAACUGUGAUGUAUAGAUAUAUGUAUACUACAUUGAUCAGAGACUGUAGACAGAUUGAUUUUUGUUUAAUUACCUUUUUAUAAUCAUGUUUAAACAACUAAAAGUAUAUAUUAAAUAUUAUUUAAGGGAUUUAAAUGAUUUAGCUUUGUUCAUUUUAAUAAGAAUGUGCUGUAUUUUAUUGAACGGAAUCUCUAUGAAGCAUUGUACUGUUAAGAUAUUCUUUGAUCUGGGAACAAAAUUUUGAUUACUGAUUAGACCUAAGCAAUUCUUUUCUUUGCUUUAUUUUUCCCAGUCAGUAUGAAGGAUUUUCAUGUUUCUUAAGUAUUACUUUAGUCACAGAACAAAACUAGUUUAAAUAUUUUUCAUUUUUCACUGUUUUAUGUAUGUCAUUUUUAUUCCCAAAUUUUCUAGGAAAAGAGAGUAGAGCAUGUACUGCUAUCUUUUAAAUUUGGUUUAGUUUUGCAUUCUAUGGAUGAUUAAACUCAGAUUUAAUUAUUGGAACUAACAUUUUGUUCAAUUUUCUAGAUUACCAUCAUAUUCCUAUAACAUUGCAAAAAAUAAAUAAUUCUGUUUUUGCUAAAGUUUCUUUUGUUAUUUAUUGCAUAUAAGUCCUAGUCAUAGCUUAUUCACAAAUAUAUCUAUAGAAGAUAGGGCAACUACCCUAAGUCUUUUAAUGUUGCUGAUAAUAAUCUUGAUGUUGUAAGCAUUUAUAAUGAAAAACCAUUUGGUUAACCAACAAUAGUGCCAAUACUUGUUCAGUAUUAAAACUUACUUCAGCAUUUUAAACAUUAUUACACUGAUUCUAUAUUUUAUUUUGUUUUUGAAUUAUUCAGAAUUCAUUUUCAAACAUAUUUUGAUUCCAAUAGAUGAACAAUAGUUUUGUUAGUGACACUGGGAAUUUUAGUUUUCACGCUGUUGCUGGCAUUAUCAGCAGUGUCUAUUGCUUAUUAUUUUUUGUUUUAUCUAAAUGAGUAGAACCAUACAAUAAAGAAAUUGUCCUUAUAUGUACUUUUCGAAACACUGACUUAAGUGGUUGCAUCACAUUGUGGAAGUUGUACCCUUUGUAAAGUAUACUCACAUGUUUGUUUCAAAUGGGAAUUAUUUUUUUUGCAACUGAAGAAGAACUAUAUAUACUUCAUUAUAUUGGCAAAUGAAAUAUUGCAUCAUGUACAACUAUCAUUAUCAUUUUAACCAAGCUACCGAAAUUCAAAGUAAUUACUUUAUAAGAAUAAGUUAAGUGAUGAUCAUGUCCACUCCAAUAAAGAUACAGUUAUAUGGGCUAUAGCAGUUUUUCAAAUUAUUUGCUUUUUUGAAAGUUUUUGGAGUCAAGACAUUUAUUGCUAUAUAGAUUUUGGAAAUUUAACUUUUUCACAGUUUUUAGUCUUUACUUUAUUAACAUACUUCACCCCCUUUUCACUUAUCAUUUCAGCUAUUUUCCUGAGUAUGUGAUAACAAUUAUUGCAGGAAACUGAAGGAUAUAAACUUUUUUAUCAUAGCUGUUUUAAUAUAUUUAUUACAUAAACCAUAGGCGAACCAAGGAGGGGGGUUCCUGGGACCCCUCUUUUGUGAGGAAAAUUCAGUUGGUUAUAUAGGGAAAUAGGGAAGCAUGAAUGUAUCGGGCCCCCACAUAGGUCAGUCAGUGGGCCCCUCUUUAUGAAAAGUUCUGGAUUUGGAUCCGUGAAUGUAAACUUUUGGAUGAUUUUAACCUGCAACAUUAAAUGGUCUAAGCUUUGUGAUAAUUCCUCAGAUCAGUAAUUAAGUAAAACUACGUUUAUACACAAUUUUGAGAAUAACUCUUACAAUUUUGUACAUAUUUAGCUGUACUAAUGUACUGUUUUUAUGUUUGAGAAUAACUCUACAAUUUUGCACAUAUUUAGCUGUACUGAAGUACUGGUUUUAUGUUUGCUUUAUUUAUUGUCUUUCUGUAAGAUAAAAUGUAUUAUAAGAGACAAAUGUUUAUAUGCAUCUCAAACUAAGCCUUUGUUCAUCAUGACUCAAAGUGCUAAAGUCAAUUGUUUUCUAUUAUUUAUACUGGUUUGUUUUAAAAUAGAAUUGUUAUUAGAUAAAUAAACCAUUUGUUCAUCGCAGCACAGUG